AUGUACGGUGCUGUCAGUUUAGCUGCUGUUAACUACAUAGUAAGUAUCGUUGACAUUACGACAUUAAUCGGUUGUUCGGGAAUAUUAAUAAAUGAUAACUGGGCGAUAUCUGUGGCCUUUUGCCUUCCAAACAAAACAGGUAAAAAGUAUGCUGUCCUGCCGGAUAGAAACUUACCGUUACUAGUGCUGAUUGAAAGGUUAGAGUACCCUCCGAAUUACAGUUCCACCUCAGAUAUAGUGCUGAUGCGUACAGAAGAAAAAUUUAAAUCGCACGUCAGUGUAGGCUUCGUUCGAACGGAUUCCUGCGAAAUCGUCAGCUAUGGGAGGAUAAACGAGAAAGAAGAUGGAAAAAGGAAACACGUCAUGGACAAAACUGUUUACUGUAAGCUGCCGGAUAAAGGGAACGAGGGCAAACUCUGCAUUGAUUUACAAAACAAAGCGGAUUUUUGUGCUGGAGACGUGGGCGGUGGGCUCGUUUGCGGCGGCUAUCUAAAAGCCAUUUUGUUGUCUACUAGCACGAGUAAUACAGAAUGCAAUACAAUAAUCAAGGGCGGAAAGGGCCUUUUCUCAAAUUUGGAAAACCGAAAAGAUUGGCUGGCAGAGAUCGCUAAUAUUACAGUGCACAGUGCAGGAAAACCGGUGUUACAUUCCAAUAAACUCAAGAUUAUUGUUUUUCAAUUAUUUUUCCUAUGUUCUAUUAAUUUAGUUCGCUCCAAUUAG